AUGACAAGCCAACACGUCAAGAGCACUAAAAAUUACGACGAGUGGCAAUCGCGCAAUGUUCAUUUCUGGCAAACAGUCAUUACGACCACGGGAGAAGAAAAAGCAAAGUUCACGCUGUACGGAAACACAGCAGCGCAAGGCACCAUCAAGGGCGUGGACAGCCAGACGAAUCGGUUUGUGGUGCGGCAGCUGGAAACGCCCAGCGGCUUAUAUGAAAAGGCGGUCCUGCGAGGGGAUGAUGUGCAAGCGAUAGAGAUCCCGCACUGUGAUUGGCACGUCGGAACGAGAUCAGCCGGACUUGUUCGGCUGACGGUCCUCGGAAUACCCUUUACGUCUGCUUAA